GUCAAGCGAUUUUCUUUAAGUAAGUUGAGUAUUUUAGGAAGAUGUCCAAUAUGGAUCGAUCUACGUAUUUCUUGGUGUUUGCCAUCAUAUCACUGGGAAAACCUUGCUACACUUCGAAUAGUAAUAACGUGGUUGUGUACAACUAUCCUGACGGUAUUACAGGCAUCACCGUCAAACAGCAGCAGUUAAUCCAACCAUCUUUAGAUAAUAUUGUUAUAACAUCUCCUGAUUAUUUGAAUCCAAAUAAUCAAAUAUCAUUUGCGGCUCCAGUUGGGGCCCAGCAUCCGAAUCAGAAACCACAGCCCGAGCCGCAGCCGCCACCAUACAAACCGACUUACAGACAGUAUCAUGAUCAUACCGUUUAUAUUGAUAGUGGAUAUGCAAGAAGUUAUGUUCACUAUCAAAGAACAUUUAAUUAAUUAAUUUCAUGUUGUAAUCAAUAAUCAAACGCGAGAAUUUUUGUUUAUAAUAAAAACAAAUAUUGAAGAA